AUGCACGCGCCGCACCUGCUCUACGGCAUUGUUUCCCCGGAGACCAUGGAGUGGAAAUUCAGCCUGGCUGGGUCCCUCGGAAUCUCGGAACUACCUGUCAGCGCAAGCGUUGUUCCCUCGGGGAGCCUCAGUGGACGGUACAAGCGGUACGAGAUGAUGCGCAUCCAAGGCUCCGCACGUACUUUGAAGAGCCCAGCUGGUCGCGAAUUCGAUGUCGAAGCUGGCAAAAUCGUCUGGUCCAUGGAAGAGAACAAUUUUCAGCGAUCUGGUCUGCCGCGCGAGUUCACCUUUGUCAUGUUGAUUCAGAAACUCACGACAAACAGCAACAUUUCGCUGUCCAUCGAUGUCGACCCCGUCAUCGACGCUAUGAUUGGCAAUUAUCCAUCCUUGCUGCUGAAACUGCCCGAGUACCAACCUUUGCCGUGUCGGGGCGUCGAUUUCCAACAAGAAGUCGGACAGCGAUUUGAGCCCGCGGAUCCGGUGCGCGGAUUCAACUUUGCAGAACUCGGGGGCAUGUUCGAUGAAUACAUCGCCAUGCCAGGAGGGAAGUUCAGCCGUCAGAUCCAAAUUCCAGCCGAGACCGGCACCCCUGACAAUCACUUUCAGGGCACCUGCGUAGGCCAGUACGGGCCUCCCAACCCAAUCCCGUACCAACAACAGCUGCAGACCCACAACCUGGCUCUCCAAAACAGCAAUUUCUCCCGGCAGAACAACCUCCUACAGACAACCCUAAAAACCCUCUGGACAACCCAGCCGAAGGAAACCCCUCAAUCCCGCAAGCAGGUAUCUCUCCAGAACCAAAAACAAGGCCAAGGCCACUCUUCCCCCCAUCCUCACUCUCACCCAGCACCAAAAUCCCCCUCCACCCUCCCCCAAACUGCCAACAUAACAAUCCCCCUCAAUCUCCACCUCCACCUCGAUCCCACAACCACCCACCUCACCAACCUGGCGCGAACAAGCCCAGGCCAUUCCCCCCGUCCCCCACGUCAUACAUCAAGCCUACGGCGUACACAGGUGCGGCAGUUCCCCGCGCGCGCGGCGAGCGGAGCAUCAAACGCCACCUUCAUGAACACCUCGCCCAGCUUGACAGAAUCGAUGAUUCCGCAUACGGACAUGCACUCGCAGUGGUGGGGCCGCACUCUUUCGGAAUUUGUGGAGGGGGAGGGUGAUGAAGAGGAGUAUUAG